UUUCACCCACCCAAUUACAUUAAUUUUAUAACUAACUACCAAAAGAUUCAUUAUGCUCAUAAUAAUUAUUUUUAUAAUCCAUAAUUUUUGUCCAAAAUCACAAUUAUUCUGACAAGAGAUUCCAAAGUUUAUUGUUAAUUUUUUUUUCUUUAGAUUCCUUAUAUUGGACUAGUCAACCUCAGAUUAAAAAUUAAACUCCUAACACCACGAGCAUGAUUCCUAGUAUUAGUUAAAUGGCCUGGUACAACACAUUCUUUAUAGAUGGAUGUGUGCCAUCCCACCUGCUAUUUGGUGUUAGAUAACAACUCAUGGUCUCACACUAGCUUUUCCUUAUGUUUAUUUUUAUUAUAUUACUUUUACUUCAAGGUGCAACCAAGUGAAGCCACCCUCCUAUGAAAUGCCUUCAAACGAAAAAGCUAAGCAGUCAGUUUGGCAGUACCAAUCAUAAUAGGCUCAAAUAGUUGCAACAUUUUCCUUAACAAAAAUGUGGUACCCUUAAAGCAUCUAAGUUUAGUUUAUAUUACAUUAAUUUCACAACCCCUCCACUUCAUUCUGUGCCUCCAACUUGUCAUUCAAUUCCACCCUGAAGAUUGUGCUUCAGGUGGUUCAAAGAAGAUGGGCUCACUAGAAAGAUCAAAGAAGAAAGUCCUUCUAUGGAAGAAGGCCAUGCUCCAUUUUUCUCUAUGUUUUGUGAUGGGGGUUUUCACAGGCUUGGCUCCAACAGGUAAAUCUUCUCUCUUUUCCACCACAGUUAGUGUCUCAAAUAGAACAGAAUUUGCACCACAACCCAGUGAAAUGUUACACCUCACAACAAAUGUCAAUAGAAGUUGGAUAGCUCCAACCCCAGAUUCCAUGCCCGUGAAGCCUAGAAUCCUUGAAAAUGAAAAGAAAACAACAACAAAAAAGUUGCAUGUAAAAGCACAGCCCCAGUUGAAGCCUAGAAGACUCCUAAUCAUUGUAACUCCAACAAGCACAAAACUACCCCACCAAGCAGUGUUUUUGAGAAGGUUGGCAAAUACUAUAAAGCUGGUUCCUCAACCGUUGCUGUGGAUUGUUGUGGAAGCUAAAACCAAUUCCACAGAACUGCCAGAGAUACUAAGGAAAACUGGCAUCAUGUAUAGGCAUGUGGUUUUCAAGGAAAAUUUCACGGAAUUAGAAGCUGAACUCAAUCACCAGAGGAAUCUUGCGCUUAAGCACAUUGAGCACCACAGGCUCAAUGGCAUUGUACACUUUGCUGGCCUUUCCAAUGUUUAUGAUCUCCAAUUCUUCCAUCAGCUUAGAGAUAUUGAGGUCUUUGGAACAUGGCCAACAGCUUUGUUAGCUGCACACAGGAAGAAAGUGAAAAUCGAAGGACCUGUAUGUGAUUCAUCACAAGUCAUUGGUUGGCAUCUUAGGAAUAUGAACAAUGAAACUGAUACUAUCACUCCCCCAAUUCAUAUUUCAAGUUUUGCUUUUAAUAGCUCCAUCCUUUGGGACUCUGAGAGAUGGGGUCGCACUUCCUCUGUUCAAGACACUUCUCAGAAUUCGAUCAAGUUCGUGAAGCAAGUAGUUCUAGAGGAUGAGGCUAAAUUAAAGGGAAUUCCACCAGAGGAUUGCUCCAAAAUCUUGCUCUGGCGUUUCAAUUUUCGUGCCAGAACUCAUUAAUUUCUAGAUUUUAGUCCAAGGCAAAGGGGAAAGACAUAAAAUAACGAGUGAUGAAGCAAUAUAGAAAUUGGCAGUACAGAAAUUACUUUCCUACUACUAUAUAGAAUUUAUUCAUUUUUUUUUCUCUUUUUCAAAUUUAUCUUAUGUUUAAUUGUUUAUAGUUUUAUUGGUUCUUCCUGUUUUCAAAUUUUUGUUAGCUUAUGUAAGUGAGAGGGUCUUCUGCUAAGAAGCAAAAACAUUUAAAGCAUAUAUGAACUUUUUCAAAAAAAGCUUCCCGAGUUUAUGGCAUUUUUUUCUUAAUUGGAGAAAAAAAUUGUUGUAUUAAUUGUGUACAUGCUAAUGAUUUGUUCAUGAAACAACUGGAUCAAGGUUGAGUUUGGGCCUCCA